UCCCGUUUAUUAAGCGGCGACCUGGUGAUUUAAUCGGCCUCUUAGUUUCCUCAUUUUUCCGGUGCCUCUGGUUUGAGGAAAUAAAUAAUAACUUUCAGAUUUUAAGCUCUUUUGCCUUCCAGCGUUGUAAGCGGACUGAGAGCCUUGGCUGGAUCCCCGGGGACCGCAAACAGGCGUUAACUUCGUGUUAUUGAGUGUUUCAUGUAGGAAAGGCUCAUUCCGGUCUGCGUUUCGCCGCCGCUCGCCCUUCGGCCCCGGUCGCUGCUUGUCGAUCAGCCCCCGGGAGUCGCGCCGCUCCGCGUCCGUGUUUUCCCUCUCGCAGUCGCCUGUCAGAAGUGAGAGGAGGGGUGCCGAUGCAGUCCGGUGCCAUCUGAAGGCGUCGCCGAGCUCGCUCCGCCGCCCCGACCGCAGCAGGUCCGUGUGUCCCGGUACGGGCAGCUGAUCAUUAAUCAGGCGGGGAUCCGGCGCCGGUAUGGAGAGCCGAGUCCCCCCUGAAAGCGAGCGGAUAGAGGCAUGGCUGGACGACCACCCGGACUUCGCUCAUUCCUACUUUUUGAGGAAAGCCACCAGGGAGAUGGUUAACGCUUGGUUUGCUGACAGAAUCCACUCCAUCCAGUCUGCCCGUGAAGGAUCUAGAACCCAGGCAGAGCAGUGUGUGACCCCACCCCCUACCAGCGGCCCCUCCCCUAGCCCCGCCCCAGGCACGCCCACCCGGAAGAUCUCGGCAUCGGAGUUCGACAGGCCGCUGCGGCCCAUCGUGGUGAAGGACGCGGAGGGAUCCCUGACUUUCGUCAGUGACACGGAGCGCGUGCAGAUGCCGCUGAGGACCCAGCGCGUGGAACCCAGUGCCGGGGGGGCCCCAGGAGGCGGGGGCGAUCGCUGUGGCCAGCUGCUGGAGCUGGUCCGCGAGGUCUCUAGCCACCUGGACAUCACCACGCUCUGCCACAAGAUCUUCCUGCACAUCAACGGCCUCAUCGCCGCUGACCGCUACUCGCUCUUCCUGGUGUGCGAGGACAGCUCCAACGAGAAGUUCCUGUUGAGUCGGCUCUUCGACGUGGCCGAGGGCUGCACGCUGGAGGAGGCCUCCAACAACGGCAUCCGCCUGGACUGGAACAAGGGCAUCGUGGGACACGUGGCAGCCACGGGGCAGCCGCUGAACAUCAGGAACGCUUAUGAGGAUCCCAGGUUCAACGCCGAAGUCGACCAAAUCACAGGGUACAAGACGCACAGCAUCCUGUGCAUGCCCAUCAAGAAUCACAGAGAGGAGGUUGUGGGCGUGGCCCAAGCCAUCAACAAGAAGUGUGGGGAGGAUGGCACCUUCACGGAUCAGGAUGAGAAGGACUUCUCCGCGUACCUGGCCUUCUGCGGGAUCGUGCUCCACAACGCUCAGCUCUAUGAGACGUCGCAGCUGGAGAACCGACGCAAUCAGGUACUGCUGGAGUUGGCCAGCCUCAUCUUUGAGGAGCAGCAGUCGCUGGAGGUCCUCCUCAGGAAGAUAGCCGCCACCAUCCUGUCCUUCAUGCAGACACAGUGCUGCACGGUGUUCAUCGCCGGCGACAACACCUUGAACUCCUUCUCCAGCGUCUUUCACAUGGAGUACGAGGAGCUGUGCGAGGCCGCCGACGCCCCCAAGAGAGACCAUGAUGUCAGCAAGAUCAACUACAUGUACGCCCAGUACGUGAGGAACACCAUGGAGCCGCUGAACAUCAGCGAUGCCACCAAAGACAGGCGCUUCCCCUGGACGAGUGAGAGUGCGGAACAUUCCGGCGUGCCCUUCAAGAGCCUGCUCUGUACUCCCAUCAAAGACGGAAAGAAGGACAAAGUGAUAGGUGUCUGUCAGCUGGUGAACAAGAUGGACGACGCAUCGGGAAAGGUGAGAGCCUUCAACAGGAAUGACGAGCAGUUCCUGGAGGCUUUCGCCGUCUUCUGCGGCCUGGGCAUCCAGAACACCCAGAUGUACGAGACCGUGGAGCGUGCCAUGGUCAAACAGGAAGUCACUCUGGAGGUCCUCUCCUACCACGCCUCCGCAGCGGAGGAAGAGACUCGGGCCCUCCAGGUAACCGCGGCCUCCUCCAUCCCUUCGGCCCAGUCUCUGCAACUCCUGGACUUCAGCUUCAGUGAUUUCGACCUAUCGGACGUCGAGACCACACAGGCCACCGUGCGCAUGUUCGUGGACCUCAGCCUGGUGCAAAACUUCCAGAUGAAAUACAAGAGCCUCUGCCAGUGGGUCCUCAGUGUGAAGAAGAACUACAGGAAGAAUGUGGCCUAUCACAACUGGAGGCACGCCUUCAACACCUCACAGUGCAUGUUCGCCAUGCUGAAAUCUGGCCGCAUGCAGGGCAAGCUGAGCGACCUCGAGAUCCUGGCACUGAUGAUCGCCACCCUAAGCCAUGACCUUGACCACAGAGGGGUCAACAACUCUUACAUCCAGAGGAGUGAACAUCCACUGGCUCAGCUCUACUGCCACUCCACCAUGGAGCACCACCACUUUGACCAGUGCCUCAUGAUACUCAACAGCCCGGGGAACCAGAUCCUGAGCAGCCUUACUCUAGAUGAGUACAAAACCACCUUGAAAAUGAUCGAGAGGGCUAUUCUGGCCACUGACCUGGCGCUCUAUAUGGAAAAGCGAGGCGAAUUCUUUGACCUCACCAAAAACAGCCAGUUCUUGUGGGAUGAUGAGUACCACAGAGAUCUGCUGAGGUCAAUGCUGAUGACAGCUUGUGACAUCUCCGCCAUCACCAAGCCCUGGCCUGUGCAGAAGAAGAUCGCCGAGCUCGUCGCCACUGAAUUCUUCGAGCAGGGAGACAAAGAGAGGCGAGAGCUCAACAUCGAGCCCAUCGACCUGAUGAACCGAGAGAAGCAGGACCAGAUCCCAGCCAUGCAGGUGUCCUUCAUCGAUGCCAUCUGCACGCAGCUGUAUGAGACCCUGGCAGGAAUGUCCGACUACUGCUCGCCGCUGCUCGAGGGCUGCAGGAAGAACCGGCAGAAUUGGAAGAUUCUCGCCGAGCAUGGGGACGAGAUGAUGGUCAACGGAGAAUCGUAACACCGUCCACCAUCCCUUGCUGGCUGGGCGGCUCCUCAAUCUCUAUAUUUAUUACUUCAACCUGGUUUAUUUUUGCACGCAGGAAAUGCUUGUAUCAGAAAAGAAAUCCCUCUCUCUUUAUAUGUGUAUAUAUAUAUAUUAUAUAUAUAUCCCUCACAGUAAUGCUGCAGACACUGAAAUGCAGGAAGUCAGUGUGACUCCUACCUUCGCUACUGAAGAGACAGUUUAAACACAACACAGAUAUUCAUGAGCUCAGCCAGACCUCCACUCUGAGGGUAUAGGAAGUACACUUUUUAAUAUUUCUACACCUUCUAAGCAUCACAUCUAUAUAUUUAUUUGUUCUAGCAUAUUUAUUAAUUUUAUAAGUUUAAUGUUCAAAAUAUAUAUAAAAAAAACUUUUAAAGGUUAACACUGAUUUUUUCCCCACAUACAUUUAUACAUGUAAAUAUGUCGCCUUACGUAAAACAUGCAGUCAGUACUGUACAUCAAAUACAAAGGCUACCUGUGGCCUCUGUGAUGUCUUUACUAACACACAAUAGGUGAAUGAGGGCGUAGAAAAAGUAUGAACCAUCGCAACAUUGUUGCCGCUAUAAUCUGUGACAUUUUCACUGGUAGUUUUUUUAGCAUAUUGCUGAAAGGGUCUGAUUGAAAUGCUUCAUUCGUGUGCAUUUAUCACGAGAUGAGCCGCACGCAACCAGCUGACAGCUGCCUGAUUAGGCCCUGUGCAUCUGACGGGUUUGUAAAGGUUAUUCUUUGAGCGCGAGGCAGUCGGCCCAGUAAGGCCACUUUAGCACCACUGACAGGUACGUUUGAUGCACAAAAAACGGAGAAAGCAAUUGUUCACGUCUAAGCAUCACUUUUUUAUAGAUCUGUGUAGUAUGUAGAUCCUGUAAUUGCUGUGAUUGUAUUUUAAUGAAGAGAUAUCCUUCUUUUUGCGUCAGAUAGAGUGUUGUGUCCCUGUGUGCAGCUUCUGCAGAAAGGCUGAAGCCAGGUCUAAGCUUUCAGAAGAGACUUGAAUGUUCGUAGGAGCCCCAAACAUGGGAGAGCUGAGAUAGUGUGGAACAUGGUGUGCGGUAAGGUGAGGGCGUAGGCUCACGGGACUCUAUGUCCCUGGGCAGGUAAAACUGUAUUGUGCAAGAAA